CUCCACUCUCGACACACCCAGCCAGCUUCGACUCAGCUCAACCCCAUUCUCAGCUCCAGUAAUCGCCUUUACCCUCUCGACACCACCCAACAUGCGUGAGAUUGUUCACCUCCAGACCGGCCAAUGCGGUAACCAAAUCGGUGCUGCCUUCUGGCAAACCAUCUCCGGCGAGCAUGGUCUCGAUGGCUCCGGCGUCUACAAUGGCACCUCAGACCUCCAGCUCGAGCGCAUGAACGUCUACUUCAAUGAGGCUUCUGGCAACAAGUUCGUCCCCCGUGCCGUCCUCGUCGACUUGGAGCCCGGUACUAUGGAUGCUGUCCGCGCUGGACCGUUCGGACAGCUCUUCCGCCCCGACAACUUCGUCUUCGGCCAGUCUGGCGCUGGCAACAACUGGGCAAAGGGCCAUUACACUGAGGGUGCAGAAUUAGUCGACCAGGUCCUCGACGUCGUCCGCCGCGAGGCUGAAGGCUGUGACUGCCUGCAGGGUUUCCAAAUCACCCACUCUCUCGGUGGUGGUACUGGUGCUGGUAUGGGUACGCUCUUGAUUUCCAAGAUCCGUGAGGAGUUCCCGGACCGCAUGAUGGCCACCUUCUCCGUUGUCCCUUCUCCUAAAGUCUCCGACACCGUCGUCGAACCCUACAACGCUACCCUUUCAGUCCACCAGCUGGUCGAGAACUCCGAUGAGACUUUCUGCAUUGACAAUGAGGCUCUCUAUGACAUCUGCAUGAGGACCCUCAAGCUCAACAACCCCUCCUAUGGUGACCUGAACCAUCUUGUCUCGGCUGUUAUGUCCGGCGUCACCACCUGCCUGCGCUUCCCUGGUCAGCUCAACUCCGAUCUGAGGAAGCUGGCCGUCAACAUGGUCCCCUUCCCGCGUCUGCACUUCUUCAUGGUCGGCUUCGCUCCUCUCACCAGCCGUGGCGCGCACUCCUUCCGUGCCGUCACCGUCCCUGAGCUGACGCAGCAGAUGUUCGAUCCCAAGAACAUGAUGGCUGCCUCCGACUUCCGCAACGGUCGCUACCUCACCUGCUCUGCCAUCUUCCGCGGCAAGGUCUCCAUGAAGGAGGUCGAGGACCAGAUGCGCAACGUCCAGAACAAGAACUCUUCCUACUUCGUCGAGUGGAUCCCCAACAAUGUGCAGACCGCCCUUUGCUCCAUCCCCCCGCGUGGUCUCAAGAUGUCCUCUACCUUCGUCGGCAACUCCACCUCGAUCCAGGAGCUCUUCAAGCGUGUCGGUGAUCAGUUCACUGCCAUGUUUAGGCGCAAGGCUUUCCUGCAUUGGUAUACUGGUGAGGGUAUGGACGAGAUGGAGUUCACCGAGGCCGAGUCCAACAUGAACGACUUGGUGUCUGAAUACCAGCAGUACCAAGAGGCCUCAAUUUCUGAGGGCGAGGAGGAGUAUGAUGAGGAGGCACCUGUCGAGGGCGAGGAGUAGUGUCCCGACCCAUGGGAGACUCCCGGCUGCUUUGCGCCAUAGCUAACACGGUGACAGAACACCGGGUCUAGCUUUGUGAAGCGGUCGAACCUUGGUCAAUGACGCUGUUACGAUUCGUGCUUUAAGUGUUCUUGGUUGCGUUCGAACAGUCGAUACUGGGUGGGAGCGACAGAUGUUGUUUCCUGCGAUGGAUCGGUUGUGCAGGAUGCAACUUGAGAGAUGUCUUGGAGUGUAGAGCGAGACUCUUGUUAAUGGAAAAGAUUGCCUAAUCAAUACAUGUUUGCCGUCAUUAAUAUGCCUCCCUUGGUCUUUGAUUGGACUCCGUAUCACUCGGGCUCUGUCGCUCUGGGCUGGCAAUGUCACGUCAAAUGUGCAAUAAAGCCUGUAAUAUCUAUCUACCUAUAGUAGACGAUGAGAGAAAGAGAUGCGAAGCGAAUAAC